AUGACUCCCGCUCGCCAGCCCGACCACAGAGAGGCCAAUGAGUCUUUCUACAUGACUAUGAGCCCAGACAUGGUCACAACCUCUGGGUACGACCACGGCGAUGCCAAAGGCUCUUUCUACAUGACUACGAGCUCAGACUACGACUACAGCGACUACGUGACCUUCCCAGCGGAGGCGGAGAGCGGGCUGCUACAGGCCAUCCCCAUCCUCUACUUCCUGAUGUUCUUCAUGGGUUGCCUGGGCAACCUGUGCGUGCUGGCGGUGCUGGGGCGGGGGGGCGGGCGGAAGCGGCUGGUGGACACCUUCGUGAUGAACCUGGCGGCGGCCGACCUGGUGUUCGUGGUGACGCUGCCGCUGUGGGCCGUGUCGGCCGCCUUGGACCACAAAUGGCACUUCGGCGAGCCGCUGUGCCGAAUCAGCAGCCUGGUCAUCGCCGUCAACCGCUUCUCCAACGUGGCCUUCCUCACGUGCAUGAGCGUGGACCGCUACCUGGCCGUGGUGCGUCAGCUGGACUCGCGCUUCCUGCGGAGCGGCCGCUGCGUGCGGGUCACGUGCACGCUCGUGUGGAUGCUGGCGCUGGUGCUGGGCGCGCCCGCGCUCUUCUUCCGCCACGUGGACGAGCGCGGGAUGUGUGUGGACAGCGACGACUCUGCCUGGUUCCAGACCUACAGCCUGGCGAUGGUGCUGCUGGCGUUCGUGGGGCCCGUGGCCGUGAUCCUGCUGUGCUACGGCGCCAUCUGUCUGCACCUGCAGCGCCACUGCAGCCUCAGCACCAACCCGCACAUGCAGGCCCGCCGCCGCCACACCCUGAAGAUCGUCCUGGCCAUCGUCACGGCGUUCGUGGUGUCGUGGCUGCCCUACAGCGUGUGCCGCGUGACGCUGGUGGUGCUGUGGCUGGGCGGGGGGGAUCCCGGCGUGGCCCUCCAGGAGGCGCUGGUCACCUCCUCCUGCCUGGCAUUCCUGAACAGCUGUGCCAACCCGCCCAUCUACCUGCUGCUGGACCGCCACUUCAGGCGCCGCGCCGCGCACCUCGCCCUCGCCUGCCUCGGCCACAGGGGCGGCGGCGGCGCGCACGAUUCCCUCUCCACCGCGGACAGCCUGUCCGGCUCCACCGCCACACGCAGCCGACUGCACUCUCUCAACCUGAAGACCUGAGGAGAGAACACACACACACACACACACACACACAUGCACACAAAAGCACUCAAACUCAC